AGGUACUAUGUGGGGUUAAUCAGUGAGGGGGGAGGCUGGAGAAAGCAGCGUCAUGGAGGAAGCUGCUAGCCAGUUGGAGAGAGAACACGUACACAGCGUGUAUGAGAAGAUUGCGCCUUUCUUCAACGACACCCGCUACAAGGCCUGGCCGAAGGUGAGACAGUUCCUGCUGGACCAGGAGCCAGGCAGCAUUGUGGCUGAUGUAGGCUGCGGGAAUGGCAAAUACCUUCACAUCAAUGAGAACAUCUUCAAACUUGGCUGCGAUGUUUGCCGUCCACUGGUGGACUCUGCCUGGAGCCAAGGCCAUGAGGUCCAGCUCUGUGACGGCCUGAGGUUACCUUACAGAGACGGAUGCUUUGACGCCGUGCUCUCCAUCGCAGUCAUCCAUCACAUGUCCACCAAAGAGCGUCGUAUCAGAGCAAUAAAAGAAAUGACACGCACAUUACGAGUGGGGGGCCGUAUCAUGAUUUACGUUUGGGCCAUGGAGCAGAAGAGGCGCAAGUUUGAGAAGCAGGACAUCUUCGUCCCCUGGAACCCCAAUCCUCCGUCAUCACUGGCUCUCCACGGUCCUGCCCGUGGACCGCAGAGAGGUGGUAGGUCACAGAACGAGGGUGAGGCGGCAGACUCCAGUGACAAGCAUAGGAAGGUGAGAAGCACAUCCUCUAUGGUGGAUGAUGGAGACUUGGCCACCAGUCAGCAGAAGAGCCAGAGACUGUGGUUCUUCUCCCGGUCCCUGGACUCUGUUUUGGACUUUGGGAGUCUGUCUGUGUCCCGGUCGUCCUCCCGAGAGAUCAGCACUUUAUGUACACCCAGCGAUGAGACGAACGGGCCCAAGGUAGGUUGGCGCUGUCCCAGGGGCAAAGGUCUUAUUAGGCAAAUGUCUAGCCUGUUCUCCUCCUCAAGAACCAGCAUGGAGGAGGACGUUUUUGAGACUGAUUUGCAGGAGCAGGUUAAGAAUGAGGAGAUCAUCAAUUCCACUGAGGGAAAUGAGGCGGUCUCUGUCGGUCUUCUUCAGGACUGUACGUCCGUGCCCUUGCCUGAUUUGGUCUCUUAUGAAAUGGAGCAGUCAAAUGAGAUGAGACAAAAGGAGAACAAUGGCGAAAAACAAGAAGAUGACACGCCAAAGCAACAGGAAAGCACAGCGUCCCUACAAGGAUGUGAAGGAGAAAACGAGUGGAGCAGAGAGAAGCUGAAAGACUCUUGCAUGCGAUACUACCAUGUCUUCAGGGAAGGAGAACUGACACAGUUAAUUGAGAAUCAUGUGGAGGAACUCCAUGUUCUGCACACCUGCUUAGAUCACGCCAACUGGUGCGUGAUAGCAGAGAAGGUCCAAGUCUGGAGGAUUUGA